CAGCCUCUUGUGGUGUAGCCAAAGAAGAGAUGGAAAAGUCCUUCAAGACAAGAGCCUUUUAAAUCCGCUGACUCAUUUCCCAACUAAAACCUUAGACCACUAACCAAACCCCUUUCUCUUGCUAUUGGAAUUACUGGCAGCAAAGUUUUCCAAUUUUCUUCAGGGAUUUUGAUGAAUUUUAAAAACCCUUUUGAGGGUUUUAAUUGAUUGCUUCAUUUAAUCAGUUUAUCUUGCUCAGGAACGAUUAAAGAGGGACAAUCAUUUGUAACUUCAGCAACACUUCAGUUCAUGUCCUGGAUGUCACUUUCUCCUGGUUUAGGAUCUCCAUUCCCGUGGCUCGGGGAGCUCAAAUCCGAGGAAAGGGGAUUAUAUCUGAUCCAUCUUCUCGUGGCAUGCGCGAACCAUGUGGCUGCCGGUAGUCUCGAGAAUGCGAAUAUCGGCUUAGAACAGAUAUCCCACCUUGCCUCGGCCGAUGGAGAUACCAUGCAAAGAAUUGCUGCUUACUUCACUGAGGCGCUUGCUGAUAGGGUGCUUAAAGCAUGGAGUGGUCUUCACAAAGCCCUCAAUUCGACUAAAAUAUCAUCGGUACUCGAGAAAAUUCAUGUUCAGAAUCUCUUCUUUGAGUUAUUCCCUUUCUUGAAACUUGCAUAUAUUAUCACGAAUCAGGCCAUUGUAGAAGCUAUGGAAGGGGAGAAAAUGGUUCAUAUUAUAGAUCUCAAUUGCUUUGAGCCUGCACAAUGGAUUAAUCUUUUUCAAACAUUUAAUGCUAGACCAGAAGGGCCUCCCCAUUUGAGAAUUACAGGCAUACAUGAACAAAAAGAGGUGUUGGAUCGUAUGGCACUUCGAUUGACCGAUGAAGCUGAAAAAUGGGACAUUCCAUUUCAGUUUAACCCUUUAGUUUGCAAGUUGGAGAAUCUAGAUCUCGAAAGUUUGCGUGUUAAGACCGGAGAAGCUCUUGCGGUCAGUUCCGUCCUUCAGCUUCAUUCACUCUUGGUUACGGAUGAUGAGAUGCUUAGAAGGAUCAAUUCCCCAUCCAUGUCUAAGAAUAACCUUAAUACCGAUCUAUCACAGAGAGUCUUGCAGAUGAACCAACGUACUUUAGGAGAGUGGCUUAAGAAAGAGCCAGUUCAUGUAUAUAGCCCGAGUCCGGACUUGGCAUCAUCAUCACCGUUAUCCCCGCUUUCCCUAGCUCCUGCACCGAAAAUGGCGAACUUUCUAUCGGCUCUUCGGGGAUUGUCACUGAAACUGAUAGUUAUAACCGAGCAGGAGGCCAAUCACAAUGGCUCUACUUUAAUGGAGAGGGUAAUGGAAGCUUUGAAUUUCUAUGCCGCACUCUUCGAUUGCUUGGAGUCCACGGUAUCAAGAGCACCAGUAGAACGACAAAAGGUCGAGAAGAUGCUCUUAGGGGAGGAAAUUAAGAAUAUUAUAGCUUGUGAAGGGGUUGAGAGAAGGGAGAGACAUGAGAAGCUGGAGAAAUGGAUUCUAAGACUCGAGUUGGCCGGCUUCGGAAAGGUGCCUUUAAGCUACCAUGGCAUGUUGCAGGCAGGACGAUUGUUGCAGACCAAGAACUAUGAUGGUUAUAAAAUCAAAGAAGAUAAUGGACGUGUGGUAAUCUGCUGGCAAGAAAGACCUCUGUAUUCAAUGUCAGCCUGGGGAUUUAGACCCUGAAAUUUUAAGAUUUUGUCUUUUACCCUUUUUUUGUGCGCUCGUUUCUUUCUUUUUCUUGUUUGUCCCUCUGUAAAGAAUAUAAACUCUUUCUUUCUCUGCAAUCGCAUAGUCUUGUUAUGAAAAGUUUUAGCUAAUUUCUCCUCCA